AUGGUUUCCACGGGAAGAGGAGGCGCAGGAAAUAUCGUCUCUGAUAGAGAAUCCGAAAUUACCCAGGCCCAGUCUUUGCAUAAACAUCAAGAACAAAAAGAGCAAGAACAUGAUAGAGAGGGCCGGGCUCAGGACAAGCUGGUCUACUAUUCAACAGGAAGAGGCGGUGCUGGCAACAUAAAGAGGUCUUCAUCGAUCCCACUGCCCAAGCUUGUUCCUCAGGGCAGCAACACGCCGGCUAUCACGCAGACGAAGUUCACCACUGGCCGUGGAGGAUACGGUAAUAUGGUAGAGAACGAGGAUCCAGAGUUCACGCGGAAGCUCCAGGAUGUUGAUGCAAAGAAGGGAAAGGAAGAGGACUUGCAAGCUGUCACGUCGGCCAAAUCGUUUAGCGUGGGACGUGGAGGGUUUGGCAAUGUUGUUUCGGCUGAAAACAGCGAAGGACUGAAUGGAAGUGGUAGUAACAACUUGUACACGGUGGUGAGUAAGGGAUCGAAGCACCAAGAGAAGAAGAAGGGCUUUGUGGAUAGGCUUAAGGGCUUUUUCGGCGCCUGA